CAUGCCCCGCUCCCGUAGACGCAGAUAUGAUAUGAUAUAUUUUAUGGUCCGCAAUGGUGAAAAUUGACGAGGACAAUAGAGAGUGCUGCUACGUCCACAUAAAUACAUGAAUACGUGGAGUAACCCCCCAUCAUACAUCCCACUCCCACCUACUAAUAUGCAGAGGGUGAGGGGCAGCCCCACAGAAACCCGAUGAAUCACACCUGAGGAGGUAAACAGGAAGAGCAGUAGAAGUUGUUUGGCAGCAACGGCAGCAGGAGCAGGUAGGAGACACAACACACACAGUUUCAGAGAUCCAACCAAUCCAGGGGGGCCUUCACCUCUCCACCCUAUCCCAGACCAGAUCAGACCAGUCCAGAUCAGAACCAGACCCAGACCAGAACGAAACCAGUUCAAACCAGACCAGUCCCGAUCAAGUUGUUUAAGGCGUAGCGGACUGAGAGAUGAGGGGUAGGGCUCUCUGACCCCUGACACUAACAAGGUGGUGUAACCUCCAACCCCUGUGGCUCCUCCGAUGUUCUCCAGAAAGGACAGCCUUCCCUCCCCCAGCUUGGAAGACUCCUUCUUCCCCCUCUCCUCCACCUCCUCCCAUUCUCUCUCUCUCGCUUAUCCCUCCUCCAGUUCCUCCUCCUGCUGCCAGGGUGGGAGUGGCUCCAUGGGGAAGGCGGGGUUAAAGGCAGAGCUGGAGGCGGGUCUAGAGACAGAUCUGAUCCUGGCUGCUGAGUUGGGCCAGGCUCUGUUGGAGAGGAAUGAAGAGCUGGCCGAGGCACUGACACAGAGAGACAGACAUGUAGAGGUCCUGCAGCAGGAGAAGCAUGUUCUCCGGAGGAGAUUGGAGGUAUGUGAGCUGUCGUCACAACAGAGAGAGGCGGAGCUAACCUCCGAACUCUCCUCCUUACUGGCCGAGCUGGACCGACAUCACAGCCGGGGGCAGGGCCAGAAGCGGGAGGAGAACACACAGCUGACUGAACUGGCCAAUCACAACCACCGCCUGGUGGAAGAGUUGGCAGAGGCGGUGUCAGUAGAACACUCAUUGCGUGUGGAACUCCGUUCACUCCGAGAAGAGAUGGAAGACUCCUCCCUCAGCAAAACCAUUAGUUCUACACAACUAGACAACACACAAGCAGAGAACAGGGUGUUGAAGGAGAGGCUGGGUAAUAUGGAGGAACAGUUGAGGCUGUGGCAGGAGGACUGUGAUAGGCUGAGAGGAGAGAGGGAGAGGCAGAGAGACAGACUGACAGAUCUACAGACCAAUCUGAGAGAGAGAGAAGCCCAGUUGGAGCAGGAACAGAGUGUGGUGUUUGAGUUGCGGACACUGAGCCGUUCUCUAGAGCGGAGAGUCCAGAGGCUGGAAGAGGACACCAGUCUGGACGACACACACACUUACACACACCCUCUGUCCCUGCUCAGUGAGAUACAGCAGACUCAGGCUACAGAGACACUGUUGGCCCACUCUACCAUCCUACAAGACAAAGACCAGGAGAUAGACACACUGAGAGAAAAGCUAUGCUCCAGAGAGGCGGAGCUUGAUUCUCUGAGGGAGGAGCUACAGCCAUUCAGGAGCUGUCAAGGAAAACCCAGCUACAGCUCCCUGGAGAGCGAGGUGUGUACGGUGCGAGCGGAGAGAGACAGUCUGACCCAGCAGCUGCUGAACACCAUUCAACACAAGGUGGUGCUGUCGCAGGAGGUCGACGCAUGGCAGGAGGACAUGCGGCUGCUGAUAAGUCAGCAGGUGCAACAGCAGGCAGAGGAGAAAGAGAGAGAAAAGGAACGAGAGAAAGAGAGCAAGAGGAAGGGGCUGCAGAGAUCUCGGUCCAUGAGAGUCAGAGGAGAGAGAGGGAAAGGAGGAUUCUUCUCUUCUCUCUUUAAAGGGGAUGAAUAGAGAGAUGGAGGGACAUAGAAACGGGGGAGAGAGGGAAAGAGAGGACAGGUAUUUGAUGUAAAUAUUGAAAUAUAGAUCACAUGGUUAAACAUUAAGAUAUUUAGUUUAUACUGUAAUGUUUUACACAUUCGAAUGUCUCUCAGCCUAUCACACAAUGUUAUGCAAAUUAGUUCCUGUAUGUGAGGAUACUGGGGGUAGUUUUUGGUGAGGCGUUUGUGCAGCGGGUCAGUGCUGGUGUGCACUGUCUGUGUUCAUCCAAAUAAAUUACAACUUGAUUAUUUUAUGGGAAAUCAGUGUCCUAGACUGUUUACGCUAGUCAACAAACUACAUGCGCCUGUCGGUGGCCUUACAGGCUCAUUACAAUACUAUACCACGCCCGUGUAAUGUUGAGAAUGUUCUACUGUGUAUAUUUAGAAUGUUCUACUGUGUAUAUUUAGAAUGUUAUACUGUGCAUAUUUAGAAUGUUCUACUGUGCAUAUUUAGAAUGUUCUACUGUGCAUAUUUAGAAUGUUCUACUGUGUAUAUUUAGAAUGUUAUACUGUGCAUAUUUAGAAUGUUAUACUGUGCAUAUUUAGAAUGUUCUACUGUGCAUAUUUAGAAUGUUCUACUGUGCAUAUUUAGAAUGUUCUACUGUGUAUAUUUAGAAUGCUCUACUGUGUAUAUUUAGAAUGUUCUUGUAAUGCUCCGGGUGUCGUGGGUGUGGAGUCAAAUGCAGGAGACAGAGAGUGAAAUGCUGUGCGUCUUUAAUAGCACCAACGCACCACAGGGUGCUCACA